AUGUCUCAACUUUUGAUCAAUAUGAUUUGGUUGGAUCAAACAAAUGAUCAUGUUAUUCUUAAAACUGAACGCAUAGCAACUCAUUUAUCGUUAUGCAAGAUUGACCCAUAUCUCAACAUAUUCCGCAAUAUAGACUCAUGUAUAGAUCAUAUUAAUAAUAUAUCUCAAUAUGAGAACACAAUUUUUCUAUUUAUUUCCACUCAAAUAUCUUCAUCUUCAAUCAAUUCACUUCUGCAAGUAUGCGAAGAACUCGUAAAAAUCGAUUCAAUUUAUAUUCUAUGCGAUUCAUUUGAAAUGAAUGUUGAUUUUUUUGAAAUCUCAACAAAAAUAUGUUUUAUAUCAACAGGUGUCGAAUUAAUGUUGGAAGAAUUGGAUCAACUUCAAUGUCCGAGACAAAGACGUCGAGGAGAAUUUAAACGUCUAGAUUUUAUUAUUAAUUCAAUGCCUAGUCAAGCAAACUCAAUCAUUCUUGGUGACGAUGCUAGCAGUGCAGCUCAACUUGAUUUAACAAUGGAAUCCGACUCAACUAAUCGACAAGAAUCUGAAUUUCUUUAUGGAGAAUUUAUACGAGAGAUUCUAGUUGAAUUACCAUCGUCAGCAGAAGAAAUGCUCGAAUUCUGCCGUCAGAAGUAUAUCAAUAGUGAAGCCAAUUUGCAAACUAUAGAAGAAUUCGAUGAAUACUAUGAAGCAAGAAAUGCCAUCUUCUGGUAUACAAGAGAUACGUUUCUUUAUCGUCUGUUAAAUCAAGCUUUGCGAGAACAGGAUAUAGAUACCCUAUAUGCACUGAGAUAUUUCAUUAAAGAUCUUCAUCUACAAUUAGAAACAGUACAUGAAUCACAUCACAGUGGCACCAACAAUUCGUCUACUGAAUCCACGAGACACACAGUUUAUCGUGGACAAUUGAUGGCUGUAGAUGAAUUUAAUAAAAAAAUACGUGAUAACGUAGGAGGAUUUUUCUCAGUACGUAGUCUGUUUUCUACGACACAACAAAGAGAAAAAUCCUUAAGAUACGCUGGUGAUGGUAGUAGACUUCAGUCUGAUAAUGAAUAUAGUGUAGUGUUCCAGAUUACUAUGGACGAAAAGAUUAACAAAUAUGCUUAUGCGGAUGUUUCAUCUGUAAGUGCAUUUGAUGACGAAGAAAGUGAAGUUUUAUUCGCAAUGGGUGCCGUAUUUCGAAUAAUAUCAAUUGUGGAGGAAAAUAUAGGUUUCUGGGUGGUUGAACUGACUCUUACAGAUGACGAAGAUAAAGAACUCAGAGCAAUAAGUGAGUACAUGCGAGAUGAACUUCUAGAACCAUUGCCUCUUCAACGUUUGGCACAACUAUUGUAUGAAAUGGCAAACUAUGAUAAAGCAGAGAAAUAUUAUCUUCUAUUACUUCACGAUCCUGAAGUGGUUGAGAACUUAAAACUUACUUCAAUAGUUUUGAAUGAUCUAGGCCUGAUCUAUCAUGAAACCGAGCAAGUUGAGCAGGCAGUGGUAUAUUACAAUAAAUCACUACAGUUGAAACUUGAAAACCUGCCUGAAACAGAUCCUUCAUUCAGUGUCGUGUAUAACAAUUUGGGAGAAAUAUAUCGUGAACAGAAUGAGUAUGAGAAGGCUCUGUUUCACUAUGAGAAAGCUAUAUAUUACUAUCGCAAAGCUGUAGCAUCAGAACUGAAUGCACUUUGUCUCCCAAGUGAAAACCUACUUAGUACCUAUUAUAAUAAUAUUGCGUUAGUUUAUAAUACACAACAAAACUACCCUGAGGCACUGAAAAUGUUUCAGAAAAGCCUCGAAGUCGAUUUGAAAAGUUUACCACAACAUCAUCCUUUAUUAUCCAUUACUUUCAAUAAUAUUUCGCAAACGUACUAUGGAAUGGGUGAUUAUGAAAAGGCGGUAGAAUAUCUACACAAGACGUUGGAAAUUAAACAUAGAUCAUUACCACCAAACCAUCCUACCAUAGGUGAUGCCUAUAGGAAUUUAGGUAAAGCAGUUUAUGCUCAAGGUAAAUGGGAAGAAGCUUUAAAUUAUAUGAAGAAAGCAUACGAUAUCAAUUCAAAAACCUUCAGCUCAAAUAGUUCAAAAGUCAUUGAGACUUUAGAAUGGAUAACUCGUAUAGAGAAAGAGAUUCAUAUAGUGAAAAACAAAAAGAACGAUAGAGAAAAUGUUUAA